CCCCUCCCAUUUUCUUCGUUUCCAGUUGGUCGUCUCGGUCUUCGUCUUCUACAUUUUCAGUCGCAGAUAGUUAGAGAGAGGGAAAGGGAGAGGGCUCCGGCGCGAUCUUGACCGCAUAUCUUUGGGUUAUCUUUCCGAUUCGGUUGCAAUCGAAGUCUUACGGUGGAGAGCUCUUGAUCGAGUUUUAGGGUGCUGCUGAGGGGUUUUUGAGUUUGGGAUUUCUAAUGUUGAAGAAUUAAGAGACUUGAAGAUUUUACUGCCCAGGCAGGAAAAUGUUGGAAGGUGGUGCAAGAUUCACUGGAAUGAUAGGCCUGAACAAGAAUGACAACAACUAUGAUGAUCUAUCGCAAGGAUUUUACCAUAAACUUGAUGAGGGUUCCAACAUGUCCAUUGACAGUUUUGGAAGCCUGCAAACAAGCAACGGUGGAGGCUCUGUUGCAAUGUCUAUCGGUAACAGCAGUGUAGGUUCAAAUGACUCCCACACUCACAUUUUGAAACACCAAGGGUUACGGCGCCGUGCCACUGACAAUCACUCUGUUGCAGUAAGCGUUAAUCGUAGAGGCAGAGUCACGCAUGCCUUGAGUGAUGAUGCUCUUGCCCAAGCGUUAAUGGAUAGCAAUUCCCCUACUUUGGGGCUUGAGAAUUUUGAUGAGUGGACAAUUGAUUUAAGGAAGCUCAAUAUGGGAUCAGCUUUUGCUCAAGGGGCUUUUGGGAAACUGUACAGAGGUACUUAUAAUGGUGAGGAUGUUGCUAUCAAGAUCUUGGAGAGGCCAGAAAAUGAUCCAGAAAAGGCACUGCUGAUGGAGCAACAAUUUCAGCAGGAAGUUAUGAUGCUGGCCACAUUGAAGCAUGUAAAUAUAGUUCGGUUUAUUGGUGGCUGUCGGAAGCCAAUGGUAUGGUGCAUUGUGACAGAGUAUGCAAAAGGGGGUUCUGUUCGUCAGUUUUUGAUGAAGCGACACAACCGGGCUGUUCCAUUGAAACUGGCAGUCAAACAGGCCUUGGAUGUUGCAAGGGGGAUGGCAUAUGUGCAUGGGCUUGGAUUGAUUCACCGGGACUUGAAAUCUGACAAUCUGUUGAUUAAUGCAGACAAGUCCAUAAAGAUUGCAGAUUUUGGAGUUGCACGCAUUGAGGUACAGACUGAAGGAAUGACCCCCGAGACAGGGACAUACCGCUGGAUGGCUCCGGAGAUGAUCCAGCAUAGGCCGUACACACAGAAAGUAGAUGUCUAUAGCUUUGGGAUUGUUCUCUGGGAACUCAUUACGGGGCUGCUUCCAUUUCAGAACAUGACAGCGGUGCAGGCAGCAUUUGCAGUUGUCAACAAAGGUGUUCGUCCUGUCAUUCCCAACGACUGCUUACCCAUUCUAAGUGAGAUAAUGACUAGAUGCUGGGAUGGUAACCCCGAUGUCAGGCCCCCCUUCACAGAAGUUGUCAGGAUGCUUGAAAAUGCGGAGAUUGAGAUCAUGACGACUGUUCGCAAGGCCCGUUUUAGGUGUUGUAUUGUCCAACCAAUGACUGCAGAUUGAUUAAAAAAAAAAAAAAAAUUAAGACUGAACAAGAGCAAGAGCUAAAAGAUCAGAAACAAGACAAGAAAUGGGAAAAUUCGAAGAAGGGGAAGGAGAAAAAUGGUUUUGAUGUUAGCCUUUGUGUAUUUAUCACGAUUAAGAACUGUUAUUACAUUAAGAACUCCUGGUUUUGAGUUUCUUUUAACGGAUUCUGUUGUGAACUAGUAAUAGACCAGAAUGACCACGUUAUGUAUACAAUGCCCUCACGUUUGGAUUGUUGA